UUCCCUAUUUCACAAUUCGGAGUUCCCCUCUCAGUUUCGCUGCGGCAGAGUUGAAAGUUGAAGCCACCGUCGUCGAGAAGUUUCCGAUCGUCUGAGGAUCAUGGAGGAUUUUAGUGUGGACGAUCCCUCAAAUCCCUUCGCCCGCUUCGCAUUCACAGGCAAAGUUGAUCCAUGGAAGCCGGGAUUUGCUACCUGUACGGCACCACCCAGGCUUAUAACUGUUAAUAGUGACUACAGAGCCAACAUACCUCCUCUUUCGAAGGGUGUGGUUAAGAAAAAGCGUGUGGGUGUGGUUAAGAAAAGGGGUUUGGGUAAGAAAAAGAGCGUGGAUGAGAGAAAGUCAAAACCCAAAGUUCUUAACGCUCAUGAGAAAAAGAAGGAUGCCUACAAAAGAAAAGCUCCGAAUAAUACUUGGAAACCUCCACGAUAUGAGCCUCCUCUUAUCCAAGAGGAUCAUACUCAUGACCCUUGGAGGGUGUUGGCUCUUUGUAUGCUGCUAAAUCGUACCAGUGGAAAGCAGGUUAGAGGAAUUAUUUCAAAGUUUUUUGAUCUGUGCCCGGAUGCACAGACAUGCAUUCAAGUCCCUUCUAAUGUAUUAGAAAAGGAAAUCAGAAGUCUAGGUUUCCAACACGAAAGGACAAAAAAAUUAAAACGCUUAUCUCAAGAGUAUUUAGGAAAAAGUUGGACACAUGUGCACCAACUAUAUGGUGUUGGCAGGUAUGCAGCUGACGCAUAUGCUAUAUUUUGUAAUGGGAUGUGGAAUGAUGUGGAGCCGGAGGAUCAUAUGCUAAAUCGUUAUUGGGAGUUUCUUUGUGAAACCAGGGGCAAUUGAUGGAGUGCCUGUGUCUCUUGGGAAGACACCUGCAAUUAUUUUGAGUGUUACAGGUGCACAUGGCUAUGGUUUUGAAGCUUAGGUUGCUGACUUGUAGAUCUUUUAUUGACAAAUGAAAGUAGGAAGUCUUGAAGAAUUUUAACUCUGGUUUAUGUAAAGCUGAUGUUUUUGGGGGUUGACUUGGAGAAUGACUAUCUAGUGGACUUUUAUUAGACUUCACUAAGGGUAAUGUAACGAGUAUUUGCCCGUGAACAGCAAUACUCUUCUAUUCUACCUCUUUUGCUUUAGUUGAAAACUCAGCCAUAUUUAUUGCUAUAACAUCGUUUAAAUGUUUUUGCUGUAUGCUGAUGUGUUCUAACUAGUUUAUGUUUGGUCAAUUCUAAGCAGUGUUCUAUCAUUUAUGUCA